UCUUGCUGAACAUUUGACCACUGGGUGUUGACAGACCCAAGAUUUUUUCAAUAGUGCUGCCGCACAAAGAGCCUUGGUCCCGUGAGAAAGAGACAGAAAUAUGAGAAACAUGCUAUCAUUUAUUGUAACAAGGCUAGGAAGGUUAGAAGCAUAUUUGAGCACAUAUCCCUAACCUAUUAUAAAGUAUUUUCUUAGUAGCUAUUGUAGCUAUUCAGGAGUUUGUUGUGAGACACCACAGUUCUGCAUUGAGAUGUUCAGAUAUCUGCUUUCCUGGUUCGUAAGAGAGCCAGGGGGCAUCGCAUUCCCAGACUAUGGUGGUAUUUGCAUGCCCGCUUCAUAGCCCUGUCCAACUGGGGACAUGUGGUCCUUUGCGAAGCUGGAUAGACAACCAUUUUAAUUUCAGGCGAAUAACAUUGUUCCUGUUAUCAUCAUGACUGCCACAGCUUCUCUUAUAGCUCCUUUGGCAGACAUGGGGGAUUUGAAGGAAAAACUCACUUGAAACAUCGAUAAUUUGGGCAAUAAGAAAAAAAUUGUAAAAAGUUUAUAAAACAGCUUGAUUAAUCAACUGGAUGCAUUAUAUGUGGUGGUUACAUUCAAUGUGGACUGAAUCCACUUAUUUUAGCCACCAGAAGAGGGCACUCUCCUAUACUUUGACUUAUCAGAUAUUUAACAGAUGCAAUUAUCCUAAACAACUUAUCCAAGUAUGGAGAAGUUAUACAUUUGAUCAUUACUUUCUCCUCCUGGGAAAGAGCUUGUUCUGAUUUUGCUAGCAUUUUGCUCCAGUAGUUCCGCCAUGGAUUAUUGCAAGUAUUGUAAAAGAUAAAAAUGUUAGGGUGAGCAUCAGAAGUAGGAUGGAAGGAUAUAGGCCUACACUCACAUUAACAGCUAAGAGGCCCUACAUUUUUACUUUUGACUGUCAAACACUAGUUGAGGAAUCACAGGGUACAUAAACACCCUUGAAUACUUUAGUGAUAUUAGUUUCCUUUUGUGUCUGGAGUAAAGGUCCAGGCAAGAUGGGCCCUGUAGUUUGCAUUCUUUCUUCAGGAAUGCACAUUCCAAAAAGGCUUUCUCUCAGGGGUCUCUCGCUUUAGUCUGAGCAGUGACCAUCUAUGGGCAAUGGAUAGAGGAACUGCAAUGUGUCAGUUCUUUCUUCAGUUCCCAUGACAAUGAAGGAUUAAAAUGGCCUCAGAUUGUUAUAACCGAUGCUUUGCCUUGCAUGCUUAUUGAAACAUUUAUUUCAUUUAAGGCUUUGUUAUCUUAAAGGACUUUCCAUUUGGAUAGAAAAAAGAGGGCUACUGGUAAUUAUUAGGCCCUUUAACUGAUUCAGUCUACGUUGGUUCUGCUCAUAUAAAAUAAGAUACCGAUACCAACGUCAAAGAUACAGUUAGAUGCUAUUACGCUUAGAGUUGCACGUUCAAUGAAAACUGACGUAUGCACUCACAGCUGGAAAAGACAGCAUGGUUAAUUAAAGUGCUGUUGUCCACGAUAUGAUAUAGGUCUCUGUGAACUACAGUUCUCUGUGAACGAGUGACUCAGUCGGACACAGAGCAGUAAUACACGGUUGGAAGAGCUGGUAUGCCUUUUUUCAAAGAAUAAUUAACCCAUGACCGUUUAACUUCACGGUCAUGUACGAAGGAAUGCAGUGACAACAGAGUUAACUAGACAGACUACCCCAGACGGGGCGGGAAUACAAAGGAGCCACCAUCAGGCGAUUGGCUGCUUAGGAUAUUACAUCACUGUCAAAGGCGGAUCUCGAGGAGUCAUGACGCGGUACUGUAGGGGCGUGUUGUCGAGAAAUCAGCUGUAGAAACAAUAACAGAAAGAAACCUGGAGAAGUAAGGGUUUGAGACGAAAUGCAAUUGCAUAUUUGCAAGAAAGAAAUUAGUGUCUUUUAGAAUCGUCGACAUAAUCCCCCAGGUUUAGACAGGACAAAAGAGUUCCGUAGUUGUCAGCGACAUAUUCGCCUCAAAGGCUUUGGCAGACUUUCAGUAGAAAAAGCGAGCGUGCAGAUGGCACCUAUUUGACAGAUGCGGAACUAGAUAAAGCGUCGACAAAUAAAAAGUCCUACACACCUGUGGCAACUUUUUUUGACCUCUCCACUCCUGCGCCCGGUGUAACGGGAUCCAGGGGUGGGACAGGCGGACUGGCAUGUGGGUCAAUUCUGGAACAGUCGGAAGGGCCGGAGCUGGAGACUGGGGACCUGGGCUGCCCAACCUCCUGGCCUGCAGACAGCCUGUUUGAGCUGCUCUCUGGCCCUGCUGACCCUCUGAGGAGUGAAGCCACUUACAAGUGAGGAACAACACUCAAACUUCAAUACAGUAGGAGACCUUAGAACACUGAACGCAAACAUCAGAGAAUGAAUGAAGGGCCCUCUCCAUGGAUAUUGACACAGACUAUGAGCGGCCCAAUGUUGAGACGAUCAAAUGCGUGGUGGUGGGCGACAACGCUGUGGGGAAGACGCGUCUGAUCUGCGCCCGUGCCUGCAAUGCCACCCUCACGCAGUACCAGCUGCUUGCCACCCACGUGCCAACCGUCUGGGCCAUCGACCAGUACCGCGUGUGCCAGGAGGUGCUGGAGAGGUCCAGAGAUGUGGUGGAUGAGGUCAGUGUAUCCCUCAGACUGUGGGACACCUUUGGAGAUCACCACAAAGACAGACGCUUUGCCUAUGGCAGGUCGGAUGUAGUGGUGCUCUGUUUCUCGCUGGCCAACCCCAACUCUCUGCGGCACGUUCGCACCAUGUGGUACCCGGAGAUCAAGCACUUCUGCCCCCGCACCCCCAUCAUCCUGGUGGGCUGCCAGCUGGACCUGCGCUACGCCGACCUGGAUGCCGUCAACCGCGCUCGGCGCCCCCUAGCAAAACCCAUCAAGCCCACAGACAUCCUUCCUCCGGAGCGCGGCCACGAGGUGGCUAAGGAGCUGGGCGUUCCCUACUUCGAGACCAGCAUCGUGGCCCAGUUCGGCGUGAAGGACGUCUUUGACAAUGCCAUCCGUGCCGCGCUCAUCUCGCGCCGCCACCUGCAGUUCUGGAAGUCACACCUGAAGAAAGUGCAGCGGCCCCUCCUGCAGUCGCCUUUCCUGCCCCCGCGGCCCCCCCGGCCCAUUGUGGGCAUCCCCGAUCCCCCGCCGGUGGACGGCGAGGGGCCCGACACACUCUUUUCUCGUCCCCUCUGCGCCGAUGUGCUUUUCCUCCUGCAGGGCGGCAGCAUACGCGUCUUCGCCCACAAGGUCUACCUGGCCACCUCCUGCUCCAAGUUUUACGACCUCUUCACCAUGAGCCUGGGUGGUGGAACAGCGGCAGGAGGAGGAGCAGGAGGGGACGGGGUGGAGCAUGAGGGAGGAGAGGAGCAGAUGGAGGGAGGAGGAGGAGGAGCAGGAGGAGGAGAGGAAGAAGAGCAGAGCAGACGAGGAGCCAAAGAGCAGGCCGGGCGCACCAAGAGCCUGGACAUUGACAAGGAGGGUGACGGGGGCACGCGGCGGUCCAGGCGUCCUCUCCUGCUCGAGCAGGGCUCUCUCAGGACUUCCCAGAGUGAUAACGCGCUCCCUGCCUGGGGACAGGGCGCCGCCUUGGGGGCCAUGGGCACCGGACGAGCCCUGAUGGGCUGGGGGAGGGGCUUCCUGGGGGUGUGUCUGGAGCACGUUGACGACCCAAAGACGGGAUGGCCACGAAUCAUGACUGUGGUCUCUAUGGACAGCCUCAUUCAGGAGGAACCCUUUCAGGCGGUGCUACAGUAUUUAUACACAGGCAAUCUGGACGAGGGCCGUGGGGACCUGAUGCAGGUGGCCACCAUCGCUGAGCUGCUGGAGGUGUUUGACCUGCGCAUGAUGGUGGCCAAUGUGCUCAACCACGAGAGCUUCAUGAACCAGGAGAUCACCAAGGCCUUCCACGUGCGACGGGCUAACCGCAUCAAAGAGUGCCUAAACAAGGGCACUUUCGCUGAUGUGGUGUUUCGGUUGGACGACGGCUUCCUGCCGGCCCAUAAGCCCCUGCUCAUCUCGAGCUGCGACUGGAUGGCGGCCAUGUUCCGCGGCUCCUUCAUGGAGAGCUACGUAGAGGAGGUGGCGAUUCCUAACACUGAUGUGGCGUGUAUGCGGGCGGUGCUGGAGUAUCUGUACUGCGGGCUGCUGACUCCCAGCCCCGACCUUGAGCCUCUGGAGCUGAUCGUCCUGGCCAACCGCCUGUGUCUCCCGCGCCUGGUGGCUCUCACAGAGCAGCAUGCCGUAGAUGACCUGCUGCACGUGGCUGUGAAGGGGGUUGACAUUGACGGACAGGUGCUCGCUUACCUGGAGAGGGCUCAGUUCCACAACGCGAAGCAGCUAUCAGUAUGGUGCCUGCAUCACAUCUGCACCAACUACAACAGCGUGUGUCGCAAGUUCCCCAAAGACAUGAAGAACAUGUCGCCAGAGAACCAGAAGCACUUUGAGAAGCAGCGCUGGCCGCCCGUCUGGUUCCUGAAGGAGGAGGACCGCUACAAGCGCUCGCAGAAGGAGCGUGAGCGCGAGGAGGAGCUCCUGCGCAAACAGAACACCAAGAGAGGCUGGUGCUUCUGGAAGCAUCCGGCGCCCUCCACCUCUCACAUCUCCUGAAGAACCCCCCCCCCCCCCCCCCCCC